UCCGGGGGAGAGAGAUGGGCGGAGCGAGAGGCCCGGGCCAAUGGAACGUCGGAGAAGGCGUGGUAUAAAUAGGUCAGUAUUCAAUCCCACCCUCGUCGACGUACGAUUCCCUUCCCCCUCCGGACACCGACGGGAGGGACCGGUGCCGGAAUCAAAACGGGACCAGUCUCAGUCGGAUCUGAUGUGGUUCCAGCAAUGGAGUUCAGAACGAGUCUGGAGUCACCUCUUGAUCUGAGGGAUAGGACAUCUCCGUCCAACGACUCGGACCAGGACGUCAACGUGGAUUCGGACGAAGACAUACCGUCCGGCCAGCACCAGCCCAUCGAACAGGACGACAGCAAAAAAUCGACUCUCGUCAAACCGCCCUAUUCCUACAUCGCGCUCAUAACGAUGGCUAUACUCCAGUCGCGGCACAAAAAGCUCACGUUGAGUGGUAUAUGUGACUUUAUAAUGACGAGGUUUCCGUACUACAGGGAGAAGUUUCCAGCCUGGCAAAAUUCGAUAAGGCACAAUCUCUCUCUGAACGACUGUUUCAUCAAGAUCCCGAGGGAGCCGGGCAAUCCGGGGAAGGGCAACUACUGGACGUUGGACCCGAUGGCGGAAGACAUGUUCGACAACGGUAGCUUCUUGAGGAGGAGGAAACGCUACAAAAGGCAGCCGCCGGAAUUCAUGCUGCGGGAACAGCAGGCCGCCGCCGUCGCGGCCACCUUCCUCGGCGAUCCUUACAGAGGGGUCCAUUUCCCGUAUCUGUCGCCUUUGCCGCCCGCGGUGCCGCUCCUCCCGCCGACCGAACUGGCCAGGCUGUCACUCGGCCUCCUCGGCAACGGCGGCGCGCUCCCUUGCAAGCCGGUCCCGCUGGCGGCGCCUCCGGCCGUCUCGACGACGACGACGACGACGGCAGCGGCGCAGCCUUCGCCGAGACCAUCGCCGGCCUUCUCCAUCGAGUCUCUCAUCGGGAGGAGCGGAUCUUCCAGCCCGCCUCCGGUCACGAGGAGUUUCGAUUCCGCUUUCACGCCCCUGCAGACGGCCGCCGCUUGGGCCAGGUGAGAACAACAUUACUUCCAGUAGUAUCCGCCUGUCUGUCUAUCGUAUCUACGAACCGCCUCUCUACUACCUACGUGCAUCCGUAAUUUCAAAUUUCAUCGAAUACUACCUACAUCCGCUAGUCCGUGUAAAUAGCUGUUGUGACAAACCAACUUUUCUUCUGUACAUAACCGCAUUCGACAAAAAUACCACAUUUUGAGUUGUUGUUGUUUUUUUUUCUACACAAACUUCUUAUAACAUUAACCAUAAGGAAUUGUGAAUUCAAACUAUAUCGGUUUAUUUUAUUGACUGAAUUUUAUUUAUUUUUGAAAAUUUAUUUAUUUGUUGUCCACUUAAAUGUUUUUGUAGAUUUUUUAUACAAACAUUUUCAUUGUAUGUGUAUAUAGUAUGCGCAUAUACACAUUUAUAUAUUAUGAUUGAUUUUUGACGAAGUUUUAUUUAUAAUUAUGGCUGAAUACCAAAAAAAGUAGAUUUUUUGAAUGUAAAUGAAUGUAUAUACAUAUACACAAGGUGUUUUUUUUAAACAUAUGCUUCCCGGGUAUCUGGUAUGAAACGCUUCUAUACCGAAAACUGUUCACAGGACGGAAUUUUUAAAAAACUUAAAUUUCCUGUUUUAAGGGACACUUAGUGGAUCGUUCGGGGGAUGAUAAAUGGGCAAAAUAACAAUUUGAUCGAUAAAUACAAAGCACAAUAUUCUGAGGCGGUCUGACAGGUCAACGUCAAAAGUCAAGAAUUUUCAAACCAACGAGAAUAAAUUAAAAAAAAAAAAAUCAUAAAUUAAAACUCAAAUUUACUUUUUUUAAAUAGUAUGGUUAUAUCGUGAUUAAAUCUAUCCUAAGAGAGUUACGGUACUUUGCACGCUUUUGUCAUCGAGUUUUAACAUUUUCCCCAUGUUAAAUUUCUCAAUCUUUUGUUUAUUUGUCUUUAAUAUUGAGUACUUAAUUGAUUGUUUUUUUCUUUCUUUCGUUAUAUUCUACCGUCCCGGGAGAGGUAAAUUAAAAAAAAAUUCAUCCCAGAUACCCGUCGGAUGUUCGACUUUUUUUAACACCCUUGUAGGCUUAAAUAUUCGAAUUUAGUCGUAGCCCUUUUUUUUGUCAAAUUGAUUAUUUAUCGACUGAAUAAAACAAAAAAAAUGUAAUUAUAAAUUAUUGAUUAUAACGUCAAAAAAAUAUAUAUAAUCAAAUGUUACCAAAUAAUAUGUGUUCUACGUAGUGUAGCGAGGGCAUAGUCUAUUGCAAUAUUAUUACGACAAUAGUUAGAAUUGUGUCGUUGUCGUUCACUUUUGAAGAGAGAGAGAAACCGUGACAUGUACAAUAUUAGCUGAUGUGCGUGUGUUCUCGUCAAGCACAACUUUUAGUUUGAUAUUUAAUUUAUUUUGUGUCGAUGUAAUUCAAAAUAAUAUGGUGAAUAGCUGUGUAAUUUAGAUAU